CCAGCCUGUCAGGGAGCUCGCUUUUCGGCUGCUCCGCCGGGUCCCAGUCCAGCCUCACAGCGAGCGCCUGUUUCUUUCUGCUCCUCCGCCGCCGGCCCUGUGGGACUGACAUGGCCCUAGAGCAUCCCGCCUGCAACUUGGACGUCAAGCAUGUCCAGCAGCUGGUGCUCUCCUCCCAAGAGGCCAAGAAGACUGCCUAUUGCCCCUACAGUCGUUUCCCCGUGGGGGCUGCCCUCCUCACCGGGUCCGGGAGGAUCUUCUCAGGUUGCAACGUAGAGAACGCAUGCUACCCACUGGGCAUCUGUGCUGAACGGACCGCUAUCCAGAAGGCCAUCUCAGAAGGACACAAAGAUUUCAGGGCAAUUGCUAUUGCCAGCAACUUGCAAGAUGAUUUUAUCUCACCGUGCGGGGCCUGCAGGCAAGUCAUGAGAGAGUUUGGCACCAACUGGGCCGUGUACAUGACCAAGCCGGAUGGCACCUAUAUCAUCAGGACAGUCCAGGAGCUGCUGCCUGCCUCCUUUGGGCCCGAGGACCUCCAGAAGAUGCAGUGAAGGAUGGAGAACACCCACCGCCUGGGAGAACCUGAGUUCACUCCCACACACGCUUAAGGGAACAGCCGCCCCGAGAAUUUCAUAAAGCCCAUCUCACAGACCUGGGGACAGAUGUCGAAUGGUCCCCAACCCCACAGGGGCUGGGCAGAGCGCUUCCUUGCAACCCACCUUGUCCUUCCUCUCCCUCCUGUGGGUCCUCUUUAAAAUUCCAGCCAAGUCUGGACUGCUUCCCGUUAGCCUUCCUGAGCUUCUAUCCUAUUCUGAGUGACUUUUCUAAUUAUAAACAUCACAGAACAUCCUGACUUGGGGAGAGUGCGUUUUGCUCUGUAUCUAUCUUUGCUCUCAGCUCCUAGGAGGGACAGGGUGAUUUGUCUUUAUAGAAAGACGUGGAUGCUUUCUGCUGGGAGAGGAAAUGGGCGUCUUGGCACCAUGUGCCCUUCAGUGUGGAGAGAUGAAGUUCCAGGCUUCUUACCCCUGCGUUCUCCAGAUGGGAGCCCACCCCCUCCGGGCUGGGUGUAACUGCCAGUGGCCAUUUCUAAUGUCUGUUUUGGGCUCCCCCUUCUUACACAUGAGGGUGCUGGGCUUCAGAGAGGUCAAGCAACUUGCUCCAGGACUAUGGCAAAGCUCAGACAGGAAUCCAGGUCCUAUAAUCCUCAACAUUGCAGGGUGGAGAAAGAAAAAAAAAAGAGAGAGAGAGAGAGAGAGAGAGAGAAUGCUGGAAUUAAAUAGGCCAAGAUGUUAACAGCUAAAAUUCUGCCCAGUGGGAAUCUAGAUUAGUGACUUUUUCCUUUGUACGUAUCUGUAUUUUUUUUAUUUCCAAAACUUUAUUUUUUAUUUAACAAGAAAAAAAA